AUGGACAACGAAGAGAAGAAGUUUCACGUAGCGUUGUUCCCAUGGCUCGCUUACGGCCACCUCAUGCCCUUCCUCGAGGUCGCCACCUUCUUAGCUCAAAAGGGUCAUCGCGUCUCCUUCAUCUCCACCCCGAAAAACCUCCAAAAGCUCCCCACAGACCGACCUCCCUCGAUAACCCUCGUUGAGCUCCCGUUGCCUCGCGUCCAUGGCCUCCCGGACUCGGCUGAGUCGACUGCCGAGCUGCCGAACAACAAGGUCCCGUACCUCAAAAAGGCCUACGAUAUGCUCGAGCCAGCUGUUGACGAGUUUCUUCAACGCUCCGGCGUGGACUGGAUAAUCCAAGACUUUGCGUCGCACUGGUUGCCCCAAGUUGCGAGCCGACUGGGUGUGAACUCGGCAUUCUUUAGUGUAUACAGUGCUACUUCUCUCGCUUUCCUCGGGCCACCUUCCGUCUUGAUCGAUGGCCCGAGGCAAAGGCCGGAGGACUUUACCGUCGUUCCCGAGUGGAUAGAUUACCCGUCCAAGGUCAGGUUCAGGCUCCACGAGAUAGUCACUCACCAGGAUUGCAUGGACACAGGAGUUUCGGAUUUUCAGAGGUUUGGCAAGUCGAUUAGGGGUUCCAAGUUCGUGGCCGUGAGGAGCUGUGGCGAGUUUGAGGCGGAUCCGCUGAGGCUGCUCGAGAAGCUUUACGGAAAACCCGUGGUCCCCAUGGGCUUAUUGCCACCCCGCCACAAACUCAGCGGCGGAGACGAGAGAUGGGUUGAGCUGAAAAGAUGGCUUGAGGAUAAGAAAGAGAAGUCAGUCUUCUACGUCGGCCUCGGCACCGAGGUUAACAUUAGCCCGGAGAUGAUAGGGGAGCUCGCCGGAGGGAUCGAGAAGUCGGGUUUGCCCUUCGUUUGGGUGGUGGGUCAGAGGCCCGGCCCGGAGAACAUACCUCCAGGGUUUGAAAGUCGGGUCGCUGGCCGAGGUUAUCUGUGGAUGGGUUGGGCUCCUCAGGCUGAAAUCCUCGCCCACACGGCGAUCGGAGGGAUCUUGACCCACUGUGGCUGGAGCUCCGCCAUUGAGUCGCUCGGGCAAGGGCUGCCGCUGAUUCUAUUCUCUGGAGCGAAUUCCGACCAAGGGUUGAUGGGCAGGCUGUUCGAAGAGAGAGGGGUCGGGUUCGAGGUGCCGAGGGACGAGGCCGACGGGUCGUUCACGAGCGACUCGGUGGCCCAGACGAUUCGGCAGGUCAUGCUGGAGCCGGAGGGAGAGCAGGUGAGGGCAAACGCAUGGGCCACGAGGGAGAUAUUUGGCAACGUGGAGUUGCAAUUGGAGUAUCUGGGGGAGUUCGCUCGAGCACUUCAAAAGGGCGGAUCCUGA